GUAGAGUUGAGUAGCCUCACCAAGUUUUUAGGCAUAAAACCAUGCCAUAGCAUAUGCAUAAGGUUUGCAUAGUAGUAGCAAUAUGUAUGAUGUAGUAGAGAAAAAAAGAGAAGAGAUGGGAAAGAGAAGAAGUAGAGUCAAAGAAUCUAAAUCAUACACACUUCCUUCAUCACCAUCACACUCAUUCUCAUCAUCUUCUUCCUCAGAUUUCGAAUUCACUAUCUCCAUUUCACCUCGCAAAUCUUCAAACAAUCUCUGUCCUGCAGAUGAACUCUUCUACAAAGGCCAACUCUUACCUCUCCAUCUUUCACCUCGUAUCUCUAUGGUCCGUACUCUUCUCCUCUCUUCCUCCUCCACUUCCUCAGCCACUUCCUCCUCCACUGCUCCCCGUGACUCCACCGGGAGCAGUGCUUCAAAUGAUUCCACCACUUCUUUCAUCAGUGAUCUUGCUCUGUUUCCUGAUUCUUGUGAUUCUUCUCGACCCAGUUCAGUAACAGAAGACGAUGAAUUGAAACGACUUCAUCAUAUUCAUAACAACAAUUCCUCAUCCUCCUCCAACAACAACAACAGAUCUAAUUCACAGUUGAAGAAACCAAACAAAUAUUUUUCUCUAUCUAGAUUUUCCUCUGUUUUUCGCAAAGAAACUGUUGCUAAAACCCGCGAAGUAGCAGAAACCGUUGCUAAUAGUACUACUACUACUACUAAUACUGUUACUAACAAUUCAUCGGUGAAACGAAUGAGUGUUACUGCUAAAGAGGUUAUAAGAAAAUAUUUCAAGAAGGUGAAACCAUUGUACGAGAAACUUUCACAAAAACAACAACAAACUGUAGAAGAUGCUACAAAUAUUACAAAUACAACAACGUUAACUACUACAACGGUUAUGUCUCUGUUGCAAAAAACAGAGAGAUCUGAGAAAGAAAGUAAGAAAGAGAAUGUAGGUAUGUUAUCUCAUUCAUUUUCGGGGAAUUUAAGGUAUCCAAGAAAAAGAAGCUGUGUUUCAAGUUGUCCUUCAUCGAUGAGAUCUUCACCUAGUCAUUCAGGUGUUCUUUCACAAAAGGGUGUUCUUCGUUCUGCUGUUUAUGGUGAUAGAGAUGCUUCUUCCAUGGAAGAGUUACAGAGUGCUAUUCAAGGUGCUAUUACUCAUUGCAAAAACUCUUUGAUUCCAAAUAAUUAGUACUAGUAGUAAUUAAUCUCAUCUAAUGGUUUGUAAUAAUUGCAUGCAGUUAGUUUCUUGAUCUAUGUUUUUUGUUCUCAUUAACCAAUAUUCAUGUUAAUGUUAGUAAAAAAAGAAUCUUUUUUUGUUGUUGUCAUUUUUUGUACUUGUAGAAUCUGACGUGGCAUUGAUUGAGGUUAUUAGAAUUGAAAGUUGCGUUGCAUUUGCAUGUGACUGACUAUUUAGAUUUGGAACUUGCCUUUGGAUUUUUGCUCGGGAAAGUGGAAAAACUUUUUCUGACCUUUUUAUUAUUUCCUUUCAAAGUUUGAAAUCUUGUUCUGUGUGUAAUAAUCUUUGUAAUAGAAUACAGUGUGUCAGAAUUACGGUAAUUCAUCGUGAUUUUGCAGGAGUUAUAGAAUGUGACUCUUGAAGAUACAAUGAAUUACGUGAUUCUGAUAUAUCUACCGUGAUAUUAAACAUAUACUUUACGUUUUGUUUUUUUAUUUUUAUCAUAGUAGUUGUACAUGUAAUAUAACUAUAUAAGAGUGACGUUGAUGUGGUACAGUAGUGGUAGUAAUUGCUCUGCAACACAAAAUUGGCACUAUGUGAAUUGGAGUUUUAUGUGAA